UUGAUCAGGGUUGGAACUGAACUGUUUUCCUUGGAUCUUUAAAACCCCAUUUUACAGAGGUUGAUUUUGCAGCAACACUUAUUCGUUUUAGUUUUGUGCGCUUUGCUGUCUGUUUAUCCUGACGCAUCAAUUCAGUGCAUUUUCCAGCAGAGAUCGCAGGCUGGGACGAUGACGGCUCGAGUGUGUUUCUCGUUGACUGCUGUUUUUUUGUGUCUGUUCGGAUACUUGAGCAUAACUCAUGCUAUUCAAAGACGAACCACAGUGGACGGUUUCUGUCCGGCGAGGCUGACGGUCGUGCCGUCCCAUCGAGGGUGUUCCUCUGAUGAAGACUGCCCUGGAGGGCACAAAUGCUGUCGAUUUGACUGUGGGCCUGUUUGCGUGCUGCCCGUUUUCAUGAAGCCGGGUCAGUGUCCCAUACCGGAAAUGAUUCCACUGUGUGCUAAAAGCUGUUUCCAUGAUGGCCAGUGUCCUGACACACAGAAAUGUUGCCCAACCACCGGUGGCUUUGCAUGCAGUGAACCACGUGGUCAGGAAAGAGGUCAGGCAAGUUGUCAAGGAAGCGGCUCUGGUCAGGGCGCCGGACAGGGAAGCGGUUAUGGCCAGGGCGCCGGAGCGGGACAGGGUAGCGGCAUUGGUUUGGGACAGGGAAGCGGUUAUGGCCAGGGAAGCGGUUAUGGCCAGGGUGCCGGAGCGGGACAGGGAAGCGGCAUUGGUUCAGGACAGGGAAGCGGUUAUGGCCAGGGAAGUGGCCAGGGAAGCGGUUAUGGCCAGGGUGCAGGAGCGGGACAGGGAAGCGGUUAUGGCCAGGGAAGCGGUUAUGGCCAGGGCGCCGGAGCGGGACAGGGUAGCGGCAUUGGUUUGGGACAGGGAAGCGGUUAUGGCCAGGGAAGUGGCCAGGGAAGCGGUUAUGGCCAGGGCGCCGGAGCGGGACAGGGAAGCGGCAUUGGUUCGGGACAGGGAAGCGGUUAUGGCCAGGGCGCCGGAGCGGGACAGGGAAGCGGUUAUGGCCAGGGCGCCGGAGCGGGACAGGGAAGCGGUUAUGGCCAGGGCGCCGGAGCGGGACAGGGAAGCGGUUAUGGCCAGGGAAGUGGCCAGGGAAGCGGUUAUGGCCAGGGUGCAGGAGCGGGACAGGGAAGCGGUUAUGGCCAGGGCGCCGGAGCGGGACAGGGAAGCGGAGCUGGUCAGGGAAGUGGUCAGGGAAGUGGCCAGGGAAGCGGUUAUGGCCAGGGCGCCGGAGCGGGACAGGGAAGCGGUUAUGGCCAGGGAAGUGGCCAGGGAAGCGGUUAUGGCCAGGGUGCAGGAGCGGGACAGGGAAGCGGUUAUGGUCAGGGCGCCGGAGCGGGACAGGGAAGCGGUUAUGGCCAGGGCGCCGGAGCGGGACAGGGAAGCGGAGCUGGUCAGGGAAGUGGCCAGGGAAGCGGUUAUGGCCAGGGCGCCGGAGCGGGACAGGGAAGCGGUUAUGGCCAGGGCGCCGGAGCGGGACAGGGAAGCGGUUAUGGCCAGGGCGCCGGAGCGGGACAGGGAAGCGGCGCUGGACAGGGAAGUGGAGCUGGACAGGGAAGUGGCCAGGGCGCUGGAGCUGGUCAGGGAAGCGGGGCUGGUCAGGGCGCUGGAGCUGGUCAGGGAAGCGGGGCUGGUCAGGGCGCUGGAGCUGGUCAGGGAAGCGGGGCUGGACAGGGUGCUGGAGCUGGUCUUGGAGCUGGACAGGGAAGCGGAGCUGGACAGGGAAGCGGUCAGGGCGCUGGAGCUGGACAGGGAAGCGGUCAGGGCGCUGGAGCUGGACAGGGAAGCGGUCAGGGCGCUGGAGCUGGACAGGGAAGCGGAGCUGGACAGGGAAGUGGAGCUGGACAGGGAAGUGGUCAGGGCGCUGGAGCUGGACAGGGAAGCGGAGCUGGACAGGGAAGUGGUCAGGGCGCUGGAGCUGGACAGGGAAGCGGAGCUGGACAGGGAAGUGGUCAGGGCGCUGGAGCUGGACAGGGAAGCGGAGCUGGACAGGGAAGUGGUCAGGGCGCUGGAGCUGGUCAGGGAAGCGGAGCUGGACAGGGAAGUGGCCAGGCAAGCGGAGCUGGACAGGGAAGCGGAGCUGGACAGGGAAGUGGCCAGGGCGCUGGAGCUGGUCAGGGAAGCGGGGCUGGUCAGGGCGCUGGAGCUGGUCAGGGAAGCGGGGCUGGUCAGGGCGCUGGAGCUGGUCAGGGAAGCGGGGCUGGACAGGGAAGCGGUCAGGGCGCUGGAGCUGGACAGGGAAGCGGAGCUGGACAGGGAAGCGGAGCUGGACAGGGAAGCGGAGCUGGACAGGGAAGCGGCCAGGGCGCUGGAGCUGGACAGGGAAGCGGAGCUGGACAGGGAAGCGGCCAGGGCGCUGGAGCUGGACAGGGAAGCGGAGCUGGACAGGGAAGCGGCCAGGGCGCUGGAGCUGGACAGGGAAGCGGAGCUGGACAGGGCGCUGGAGCUGGUCAGGGCGCUGGAACUGGUCACGGAAGUGGACAGGGAAGCGGAGCAGGUCAGGGCGCUGGAGCUGGCCAGGGAAGCGGAGCUGGUCAGGGCGCUGGAGCUGGUCAGGGAAGUGGACAGGGAAGCGGAGCUGGACAGGGAACUGGUCAGGGAAGCGGGGCUGGUCAGGGCGCUGGGGCUGGUCAGGGCGCUGGGGCUGGUCAGGGAAGCGGAGCUGGUCAGGGAAGCGGAGCUGGACAGGGCGCUGGAGCUGGUCAUGGAGCUGGACAGGGCGCUGGAGCUGGUCAUGGAGCUGGACAGGGCGCUGGAGCUGGUCAUGGAGCUGGACAGGGCGCUGGAGCUGGACAGGGAAGCGGUCAGGGCGCUGGAGCUGGACAGGGAAGCGGUCAGGGCGCUGGAGCUGGACAGGGAAGCGGUCAGGGCGCUGGAGCUGGACAGGGAAGCGGUCAGGGCGCUGGAGCUGGACAGGGAAGCGGAGCUGGACAGGGAAGUGGUCAGGGCGCUGGAGCUGGACAGGGAAGCGGAGCUGGACAGGGAAGUGGUCAGGGUACUGGAGCUGGACAGGGAAGUGGUCAGGGUACUGGAGCUGGUCAGGGAAGCGGAGCUGGACAGGGAAGUGGCCAGGCAAGCGGAGCUGGACAGGGAAGUGGCCACGGCGCUGGAGCUGGUCAGGGAAGCGGGGCUGGUCAGGGCGCUGGAGCUGGUCAGGGAAGCGGGGCUGGACAGGGAAGCGGUCAGGGCGCUGGAGCUGGACAGGGAAGCGGAGCUGGACAGGGAAGCGGCCAGGGCGCUGGAGCUGGACAGGGAAGCGGAGCUGGACAGGGAAGCGGCCAGGGCGCUGGAGCUGGACAGGGAAGCGGAGCUGGACAGGGAAGCGGCCAGGGCGCUGGAGCUGGACAGGGAAGCGGAGCUGGACAGGGAAGCGGUCAGGGCGCUGGAGCUGGACAGGGAAGCGGAGCUGGACAGGGAAGCGGUCAGGGCGCUGGAGCUGGACAGGGAAGCGGAGCUGGACAGGGAAGCGGUCAGGGCGCUGGAGCUGGACAGGGAAGCGGAGCUGGACAGGGAAGCGGUCAGGGCGCUGGAGCUGGACAGGGAAGCGGAGCUGGACAGGGAAGCGGUCAGGGCGCUGGAGCUGGACAGGGAAGCGGAGCUGGACAGGGAAGCGGUCAGGGCGCUGGAGCUGGACAGGGAAGCGGAGCUGGACAGGGAAGCGGUCAGGGCACUGGAGCUGGACAGGGAAGCGGUCAGGGCGCUGGAGCUGGACAGGGAAGCGGUCAGGGCGCUGGAGCUGGACAGGGAAGCGGUCAGGGCGCUGGAGCUGGACAGGGAAGCGGUCAGGGCGCUGGAGCUGGACAGGGAAGCGGUCAGGGCGCUGGAGCUGGACAGGGAAGCGGAGCUGGACAGGGAAGCGGCCAUGGAAGCGGAGCUGGACAGGGAAGCGGCCAUGGAAGCGGAGCUGGACAGGGAAGCGGCCAUGGAAGAGGAGCUAGUCAAGGCGCAGGAGCUGGUGAGGGCGCUGCUCAGGGAAGCGGCCAGGGCGCAGGACAUGGCAGCGGUGCUGGACAGGGAUGCGGCCGAGGGAAUUGUCAUGGAUGUGGCCAAGGUCAAUGUUGUGGUCAGGGACAUGUUAAUGGUAAUUUAGCAUAAUAUUUUCUGGAGAUCUUUUCCACUCCUUCAUUCAAAUGGCAUGUUUUCCCUUUUUGCUCAUGUGGUUUAGAAUUUCUGUCUCUACCACCUCAAAUUAAAAAAAUAAAUAAAAUUGCUUGAUUUGAAAAGUU